AUGACGCUGACUCAAGCCGAGAAGGCCGCCGUGGUCACCAUCUGGGCAAAGGUGGCUACCCAAGCCGAUGCCAUUGGGGCAGAAUCAUUGGAGAGGCUUUUCUCCAGCUACCCCCAGACGAAAACCUACUUCCCUCACUUUGAUCUCAGCCAAGGCUCAGCUCAGCUUCGUGGUCAUGGCUCCAAGGUCAUGAAUGCCAUCGGCGAAGCUGUGAAGCACAUUGAUGACAUUAGAGGCGCUUUGGCCAAACUCAGCGAGCUGCAUGCUUACAUCCUCAGGGUGGACCCAGUGAACUUCAAGCUGCUUUCCCACUGUAUCCUGUGCUCCGUGGCUGCCCGCUAUCCCAGUGACUUCACCCCAGAAGUUCAUGCCGCGUGGGACAAGUUCCUGUCCAGUGUUUCCUCCGUUCUGACCGAGAAGUACAGAUAA